AAAAAAAAAAUAAUAAUUAUGACUCAAUUUCCACAUCUCGGUUUGCAAAAAACAUAAAUGACAGAAAUGCAUUUAAAAGGGAAGUCUACUGUGCAAUAGCAGCUUUAUUGAAAAUGUUAUUGUAGUCUGUGUUUUGACAAUCAACCUCCAAAAAAAAAAAAAAAAAAAAGAAGAUUUUUGAUACCAAAUAUCACAGUCAAGAAGAAGCACAUAAGAAAAAGUGUUUACACGCACAAACAAAAUGUCUUGUAAAAUUAAAUUUUAAUCAUUUGGUAGCAAUCAUAUAUUUUUUUUUCAUAUCUCACAUUUACAUAAGCCUUUUGUUAGAUGUUAAUUGCUUGCCUCAAUUAACCCUGAAUAACGAUCGGCUGUGAAUGUGCAUAAAGUCGCAUUAAGUGCGCGAUACUCAGACACGCUUUAUGCCCAGCGGCAGAGUGUAGAUCCCACAGGCACCCUGAAGUGGACGAUACAGGGAUUAGAAGGGCGCAUGGAACAGCAAAGACGCCAACACGGUUACCUCUAGUGCACUUGUCUGCUCCCUUUUACUCAAUUACAGCCACACAAUUACUGAAUAAAGAACACUAAUCUCAUAAAAUGCAUAGAAAGCAAACAGAAAGAACUGGAUCAAGAUAAGUUUGUUUUUUAAUUCACUCAUCUAAAAAUAUCUAUACGGUAGUCUUGCUCUUGUGAUGCUCCCUUUCUUUCUCUCACACUCUCUCGUACCGAAGCCCACCUCUCAGUUGCCCUCCCCCAAAGAGUGUCAUCAUGACACGUAGCUUUGAAAUACUCUGACAGGCACAGAAUUGCUCAUACUGGUGCUAAGCAUUGACGAAGCCAGACUAUUGACAAGGACAUUUGUCAUUUUAUUGCUUUGCUCAUCUCACGUUAACAAAUGGAGGGAUGGCAGCUGAAUAUACUUGCACUGAUGUGACUGAGGCACAGAGAGGGAGUGAAAUCACCAACCUUGCCAGGGGAAAGAUGGAAAGGAUUACUAAAAAACGGGACAUCUUGAUCUUUUUUGCCACCUGAGGUGGUCUGCAUCAGAUUUCAUUGAGGUGACCCGCAGAUCAACUGUUUCACAUUCAGCAUCAUUCUCAAUGCACUUGAAAAACGCUGGAUGUGUGUUCGCUUCAUCGAGACCACAGGAAUCGCACACAGUCCUAUUCAACUCUCCGAUGAUGAGUGGCUCACCUAUCCCUCGAGUAGAGGCAGCAUCAGGUGUGGAUGCCUGGAAUGUUCACAGGAGCUUCAAUGACAGCGGUACUAUCGGUGAUGGUUGGAGCAUUAGUGGCAGCGGUCCCUGGCUUCUCGCAGUCAUGCUGUCCCUCAUAAUUCUGGUGACAGCUUGUGGGAACAUUUUGUUGAUUGCCUUGGUGUUUGCACAUCGGUCGCUGCGCUGCACCUCCAACUGCUUCCUAGUGUCCCUCUUCCUGUCAGACUUGAUGGUGGCUUUGGUCGUGAUGCCCCCUGCUAUGCUCAAUGUGCUGUGUGGGACCUGGGUGCUGGCGCCUGGAUUCUGCCCCGUCUGGCUUUGCUUCGAUGUGAUGUGCUGUAGUGCCUCAAUUCUCAACUUGUGUGUUAUCAGUUUGGACCGUUACCUCCUCAUCAUCUCUCCGUUGCGAUACAAACAGCACAUGACCCCGCCUCGUGCCUUGCUUCUGGUAGGUGGGGCUUGGGGGUUGGCAGCCCUUACUUCCUUUCUGCCAAUCAAGAUGGACUGGCACAGUCUUGGUCGCACGCAAGACCUUUCCGAGAACAAUCCCGCCAACGCCACAGUUUCGCAGUCGAGUUUCUUCUACCCCUCUUCGUACUUCCAGCUUACCACAUCAGGGACACCGUCCAUGCAGUGCCGCCUGCGGGUGACUCUCCCCUUUGCCCUCGUGGCGACCUUUCUCACAUUCUUCUUGCCUUCUACAGCCAUUUGUUUUACUUACUGCCGGAUCCUGUUGGCGGCCAGAAGACAGGCACGACAGGUAGAGGCUCUGACUCAUCCUCCUUACCCACAUCAUUCACCAGGCGAACCAUCUCAUCCUCCUUCUCCCGGUCAUGCCAUCCAGGAUGGAGAUGAUUACAGCCAUCAGGAGCCACCCGUGUUGCGGCAAGCUCUGUUGUCGGUGAACAGUGAGCGCAGACUGGCACACAGGCAAAGGAAGAGAGCUCUGAAAGCCAGUCUAACCCUUGGAGUCCUCCUGGGUCUCUUCUUCGGUGCCUGGCUUCCCUUUUUUAUCACCAACAUGGCACAGGCGGUGUGUGAGUGCGUACCACCUUCCUUCUUCGAUGCCAUUACCUGGUUGGGGUACUGUAACAGCACCAUGAAUCCAAUUAUAUACCCAAUGUUCAUGAGGGACUUCAAGAGGGCUUUGGCACGGCUUCUACCCUGCUGUUCUUCAUCUCAAGCCCCUCGUAGGCCAUCGUUGCCACUUUCCCUUUCUCUACGCAACUCAGGGGAGCCACAACUACCCACUGAACCCCCCUCCCUUGUGUCCGACCCACCUCAACUACCGGCGACGGCGACAGACGCUGUUAACCUUCUCGAUGCAGAACACGCUAGGAUUGACCUGCCUCUGCUGCUGCCCAACCAGGUCGAUACAUUAGAUGAUUGAUACGCCAACUGAGACAACAAAAGAAGCGCAAUAUACUGUGGAAGGCAAAAUGUGUGACUUUAUGAAAUGUUUUUUGAAAAUACCAUUCUAAAAAAAAAAAAUUAAUGGGAUAAGUGUUAAUGGGAUGGUCAUGCCUAAACAUGAAGGCUGCAUCUCUAAUCAAGGCAGACCAAAGAGAUUGUACAUUUAGCACAGACUCAACACGGAUCCUGCUUCAUUCAUUACCAUAACAACCAAAACAACAGAUGGAUAAAGCAGACGAGAGCGAAAGAAAUCUCACUAAAACCUCACACAAUGUCAAGUGGGUUGUCUGUGGAACUAUAAUUCACAUCUUAAUUAAAAAGCAAACCACACUUCUAAUGAAGGGGGAAAUGGUAUACAUGAAAUACUGACAGUUUUCACAUAGCAGUUUAUCACAAAUUAUAUUGAGCAGUGCUUAAAAAAAAAAUCAAUAUUAAUUAGAGAUGACAUCUGCAAAUAACUUAUAUUAGACAAUAUCAGAAUGACAAAAAGACAAGGUUCUAGUUGAUUCUAGCUUAUAUUGCUAUGUUACAUUCUGGGUGGUGUCUAGAUGGUAACCCUUCUUCUGGCAUAAGUCUUGAGAUUCACAUGCGACAUUCCAACACUGUGUUUAUUUGAGUCCCACAGCGACCCUACGCCCAACCCUCAAUCCUGGUAGCAGCAAAUGCGACUCUCAGGAGAAUUUCUUGGAACAAGGUAUACCAUCUAGACCCUACCCAUAUAUUUUGAGUUGUGAAUUAUGGAAAUGUCAUGAUUUCAUUGCUCAUGGCUCAGAACAAGGACGUUUGUGAAUGAUUAACUGUCCUUGUGCUUCAGUGUGCGACUGGUAGGUUAUGUUUGUGCAUUCAGUAGUCCAGUUUGUGUCGUCCCAGUCCCAGGACGUGUGCUCACAGUAUGUGUCACUUACAUCUUCUCUGUCCAUUUUGCCCUCAUCUUGAGAUGGUUAAAAAUGAUCCUUGACUCUGAGAGCACAUGGCGAAUGUGUGGUCCCUUGACGGGGUUCAGGGAUGCCAUCACAUUCACUGAUGGAGUCCAAUAAAUCAGAUAUAUCAGGGAUUUCCCAGCCAUUCUCAGAGUCCUUCCUCUCACACUGUUUCUUGUCUUUAUUUACAUUUGUCUCUGUGGUGUCUGAGGUAUCAUUAUUUGAAAUGUCCAUGGGUGGUCCCCCUUGACUCUGCUCUGACCAGCUGAUUCUGGAGUGCCUGUUUAUUCCUGAGAUAAAUGUACCAGCUGUAGUUUGCCACUCAUGGCUCCAGCUUCUUCCCUGGAAGGAACCCUUACUGCGACUAGGAUGGUGUCCAUUUGAUGCAUGUAGUCCAGGUGUCCUUUUACCUAAGAGGUGGACAGAACACACCCAGUAUUCAUAAAGCAAGUGGAAAAGACUUUACAUUCCCUAACAAUUUUACAGUGCUUGCAGUGCAUUAUUAUAGAUUGAUAUCCUCAUUCUAAUUUUAGUGGUGCUAGCAAACCUUUCAGAAAAAUCAAGCUUUGGUGCAUAACUCAGGCAUGCAUGAUACCUCAAACCACGCAAUGGUUAGUACUUUUUUAAGCUAUCAAAUUUAAUUUUUUUCAUGCCCUCCCACAUACUUAUAUUAUAAACAGAGAGGCCUGAACCAACAUAUAGAGAAUAAGCUGGAAUACUUUGAUUUAGCCAAUAAGUAACCACUUAGCAACCAUCCAGAAUACCCUAGCAACAGACUAAAAGAACACCAUAACAAUGUUUUGCACAGGCAAGGACCAAUGUAAAAUGUACAUAAGGGUAGAUGCCAUAUUUAAUUUUUCACAAAUAAAAAUAUAGAAUAUGCACAGUCUUCUCAAGGGGUUGUAAUGUUUUUAACUUGGCUGACUGAUUUAAUUUAUUUUCACUAUAGCUGCUUUGACAUUGCAACAUCACAUUAUGUGACAUCUGCUAAGUUUUUAUAUGAACAGCGAGAUUAAAAUGGCUCUGACAAACCUAAACCUAAUUUAAACCUAAAACUGUAACACUAUUCUCUUACAAGCACUGGUAUUUAUUUCAGGAAAUGCAAAUUUAGUUGCUCAUUAACAUUUCUUCACAUGCCGAACGAAGGUGCAAUUCUUCACAUGCCUCACAUUGCAGUCGCAUAACCGGGGUUCUUGAACUGAUUACCUUGCCAUAUCUCCAGCCGAUUUAUCUAAGCUAUAUAAUUAUGCAUUUUACUGCUUUCACGAAAAAAGCAUGACAUGACAAAAGAUACAAAGCAUUUGUUUAUUUGUUCCGGAUUAAGGCAGGUGUUAUGUAACCUGUAUUCUGUGUCUGUGAGUUAAGGAAGAUCUCAGAUCCAGUCCUUUGUUUAUGUCACAUGGAUGGCUGGCAUGAUGACCUCUGUUGAGAUGUACAGACUUGCUCAGUGCAUUGUUAUGAUUCUGAAUGGAUCAUUUUAAGUUCAAGUGUCUUGAUUUUUUUACAUUUUUGUCUAUUGUAUAAAUAACACCUUUUUAGGUAUUUUUUACAUUUUUAUGAGGUAACAGCAUUGAAUUUAAGGUCUCCACGCGAAUAUCAACGAGCAACUUCCUGCGACAGUAAUUACAGUAAUUGUAGUCUUUUGUGGGUGACAAUAUAACAAUGCCCUUUCUAUUCACGGCAGGGGGUGUUCUGCAAAAAGCAUUAAAUCAUUUUUCUCCAAAAAAGUAACUUCAGAUGACUUCAAAUCUUAGCCAACUUGAAGGAAAUUAAACUUUGACUCUGUGAUAAUA